AUGAGUUCUGGAGAGUGCGGUCCAUGCACAGGCGCAUCCUAUCUGCUUCUCGCCGGCACGGCAGUGCUCGGCAUUUGCGGUGUCGUCGUCAUCUACGUCGUCUUAGCGAUGGAUGCACAGCGGGUCAAGCAGCCAGGCCAUCUCUUCGUGAUCUUCGUGGCACUAAGCCAGCUCGUGACAGUGCUCCAGCAGCUGGCAGUCAUCACCAAGUUUGACAUUCAGUGGGAGCAGCCCAUGGCUGGUGUCAUGAGCCUGUUUUCAUUCAUGACUCUGGACUUGGACGCACUGUCCUUCUCAUGCGUGGCUCCUGCAUCGCCGGUCGGGAAGUAUACUCUGACCACACUGGCAACGCCGCUGCUUGCUGUGGUGGCCGGUUUCAUUCAUCUAUCGGCCAUUGCUGCGAAAAGGCAUCUGCCGCAAGAUUUUGCCGCUAGUCUCGAUGGGAGCCAACUGCUUCGCACCAUUGGCUCGCUGUUCCUGCUGUUGUUUAUCAGCGUUUUUGCGUCCAUACUGGCUCCUUUUCAAUGCAACCUUCAUCCCAACGGACGUCGGACCUUGCAAGAGUAUGACUCCGUUUUCUGCAGUGGCAAGGACCGCUGA